CUCCUGGAGCAGCUGUCGGGCCUGCAGAGCAAGCAGCAGCGGGACGCUGAGCUGCUGGAGGACAUCAGGUAGGACCCAUGCGUGUGUGAGAUCCCCACCGAGCUGAGGCCGGGCAGCUGAUCCCRUUGGUGUGUGCGUCCCUGGCUGACCGGACAGCUCAUCCCACGGGUGGSCAGGGACCGGGCACGGCUCACCUUGAGCCUGUCACCUCGAGGUCAUGGGCUCCAUCACCCACUGGGGUGGCCUGAUGGGGACAGGAUGGAGGCAGGGGGUGAUGGAAGGGGGGGAUGACAAGGGAAUGGUGGCAGGAGGUGGUGGGAGGGAUGGCCCAUCCCUACCCCUCUCUGUGUGUCCUCUCCGUGUCCCCUCUCCCCCCAGGUCCUACAGCAAGCAGAGGGCCACCAUUGACAGGGARUACGGGCAGGCACUGCAGAGGCUGGCGAGCCAGUUCGUGAAGAGAGACUGGCAGCGGGGCCGUGGCGAUGCUGSUGACUCCAGGACUGCAGCUGCCGUCUGGAGAGGUGUCAUCGAGGGGACAGCACACGCCGGGCAGGUCCGUGUCACCGCCUCCGAGAGCUACCGCGCCCUGGCUGCCGAGGCCGCCCGCAGCGCCCGCCUCUCCAAGGAGAGGACGCUCAAGAAGGGCAUCGAGAGGCUGCAGAAGGCGCAGGUGGAGCUGCUGGAGACGGUGAAGGAGCUGGACAAGGCAAAGAAGCAGUUCAGCCACCUGCAGCGCAGCAGCGAGGUGGCCAAGGACAAGGCGGCCGACGUGGAGGCACGCCUCCGGAAGAGUGACCGGCGGAUAUUUCACACCAAGGCCAGUUUGCAAAAGCUCAGUGCCAAGUUCUCAGCAAGACUUGCUGAGCACUCGAGGCAGCUGGCAGGGGUGCAGAACGAGUACAGCUUYGCCCUGGUGUCUGCCACUGCCCACCUGGAGCAUUACCAGCGYGUGGAGCUGCCCGCAGCCAUGCAGGCCCUGGAUGGGGAUCUCUACGAGCGGCUCCGGGAGCAUCUGUCGGCCGCCAGCCGGACGGAGGUGGAGACCUGCCGGGCCAGCCGGGACUGGUUCCAGGGCGUUGUGGAGGCAUCUGCACGGGUGUGCCGGGAGCAGGACCUGCUCCUCUUCCUGCAGGACCACCCCGCCUUCUCCCUGGCGCCCGAGCAGCGCUUCCAGCUCACGGGGGUGGAGGAGYUGUGCCUGCUGCCACCGGCAGACGACGGGGCCAGCCUGGAGAAGGAGGCACGGCGCUGGGCCACACGGGUGGCCCGGGACUGCAAGAACAGGGCGCACAGCGAGGAGGUGUUGCAGCGGCUGGAGGCCAGGCGGCAGCAGGGGCCGGAGGCAGARGCAGCGGCCGUGGAGCGGCAGAUGGAAGAAGCGAGGGAAAAUAUCCGGAAGGCAGAGGUGAGCCGAGUGAAGGCCGAGGCACGGCUGGCACUGCUGCGGGCAGCAGGGCUGGACGUGGACGCCUGGCUGGCCGGGGCCACAGUGGGGACAGGGGAGGAGACCCCCACGGGGCUGGACCCCGCCGAGUUCGAUGACUACGAGGACAGUGAUGAGCYGGAUGAGGACGAGGAGCCGGGGCCUGCUGCUCGCACCUACCCCUWCACCUGCCGGGUGAUCUUUGGCUACCAGGGCUGCCAGGCAGACGAGCUGUCCAUCAGCCAGGGCGAGGAGCUGGAGAUCAUUGAGGAUGGAGACGCAGAGGAGUGGGUGAAGGCUCGGAACAAGGCAGGGCAGGUCGGCUAUGUCCCUGAAAAGUACCUGCUGUCCCUGGGCUGCGAGUCAGGGGCUGGGCUCGGCCCCCCGGGACCCUCUGCCCUGCACCGCCAGCUCUCCAGCAUCAUGGCUGCAGAACUGGUGCUGGAGCCUGGAGCCUGGCUGGUGCGAGCCCUGUACGACUACGAGGGGCAGAGCCCYGAGGAGCUGAGUUUCCCCGAGGGGGCCAUCAUCCGGGUGCUGCCYCGUGCCCCGGGCGAGGUGGAUGAUGGCUUCUGGACUGGUGACUUCGAUGGCCGCAUCGGCGUCUUCCCCUCCCUGGUGGUGGAGGAGCUCACCGGGGGCCGGGAGGCGGCCGGGCAGGAGCUGCCGUCGCCAUCCCCUCCGCCCUUCUCCCCUCCUGGCCUCACACCCGGGGCCAGCCUGGUGCCCAGCCCUGCUCCUGAGACAUCGCUGGGAGGUGGCCGGCAGGAGGGCACGGGCAGCGGGCAGAGCUCUCCGGACCUGGCAGCCACCCGCCUGCGGCCGCUCCGUGCACCGCCCCCGCCGCCCGGCARAGCCCCCGAGCCUGACCCCGAGCUACACUUCAGCUGACCCUGCGGCCCCCCAGCCCUCCCUGACCCCCAGAAAGCUUUGCCUGAGCAAACCACCACAGGCUGCUGUGCCGGCAGCAAGGGCUGGUGCUGCCCCGUGYCCCGAGCUGGUCUCUGCAGGGGCUGCAUCCUGCCCAGUGCUGCUUGCAGAGUGCUCCUGCAUCCCACUACAGCACCCAGAACCCCUUUUUGGGGUGCCUAGUGCCACAGCCAGGCCCCACCUCACUCCUCUCUUGCCUCUGUCCUUCCUGCCUGGCAUCACCCCUGCACCCUCAGCUCAGCCCUGGUUCCUGGGGGGCUCAUCCCUGGACCCCUCCAGCCCCCACAGCACCUCCUCACGGGCAGGAGAGGGCGGGGGAGGCUGUUCCAAAUAAAUCCAGCUGGCCCUGGCCGGGGG